AUGGACGCAGAUUUAACACCGCCUCUGAAGAUUCAUCUUCCCACUUCAUUACCAGGUUCUUCUGUACCCAUUAGAGCUCCCCUCACCAUUGAUUCAGAUUCUGAGUUCUGUUUAUCCAUUAACGAGCAGAUAUGCUCAAGAGCUAGCAGCUUUAACAGCAGUAGUAGUAUUGAUGUUAGUAGCUGUGGCGGCGAUGAGCAUGUUAGUUUUCUUGAAGAAGAUGAUGGUUUUGUAGCGUACCCAGAUGAAGAAAUGGUGAUAGAAAGCUGUCGUGUUGAAGAACAUUCAUUUACUAGGCCUUUUGUGAAAUACCCAGAUAAAAAUUAUGUGAAAAAGAAUAGGGAUUUUGAUAUAUCUGCCAUUUUUAGGCCUUUUGUGAAAAUCCCACUUGAAGAAAGUAGUAGUGCGGUUGAGGGAUUUAAUGGACCAGGUGUUAAUGAUUUUGGUAUCUUCUCCCCUGUAAAACUGGGUAUACCUGUUGCUCCUUUGACCAUCGAUUGUGAUAGUGACAAGGAUUCCGUUGAAAGUCACCGCAGUUUAAGUUCCGAUGGGAUUCCGGCUGAUGAGACUGUGCAGAAGGUUGCUGUGGCCCCUAAAGUUCGAGUCUUUUGUAGUUAUGAAGGAGAUGAUAAGUUGCAGUUUGAUGAUGUGUUUUCCGGCGAUGAUAUCCAUGGAUCGAACGAACCCAUUAAGGGUUAUGUUUCAUCCAAAACGAUUGAAGAAGAUGAACAUGAGAUUGAGGGUUUGAAUGAGGUUGUGAAGAUUUCAGAAAUGGAUGAAAUUGGACUCUUAUGUCUUGAUGAACAGAAGAAGGGAGAUGAAGAUGAUAGAAGGUUUGAUUCAGAUAUCGUCCCAGAUUCAGACAAUGAAAUUAGAAUCGAAAACGAAACCAUCGAUGGAAGUGAACAUGAAGGUGUAUUUGAUUGUUAUAGAAACGAAGAAUCCAAGAAAAACAGCGAAAACGAAGAACAAAGGAAGGAAGACGAAGAUGAUAUAAGCUUUGAUUCACAGAGAAGUGAUGGCCAAAUUGUCUCAGAUUCAGACAACGAGAUUGAAAUCGAAACAAUCAAUGGAAUCGAACAAGAAGGUCGAUUUGAUUAUUAUGUAAAUGAAUCCAAGAAAACGAGCAAAAAGGAAGAAGAACAAAGGGAGGAAGAUGAAGAUAAUAUAAGCUUUGAUUUACAGAAAAUCGAUGCCCAAAUUAUCCCAGAUUCAGACGAUGAGAUAAAAAUCGAAACUGUCAAUGGAAUCGAACAGGAAGGCGUGUUUGAUCGUUUUAGUGAAUUCCAGAAAACACUAGGCAAAAACGAAGAAGAAAUGCUGGUGAAAAUGCAGCCGAUUCGAGCAAAGUUUCUAAAACUUGUCCGUCUUCUUGGUUUAUCAAAUGAAGAUUCGACCGUCGCACAGUUGCUGUACCGACUCACACUCGGAAAACCGUCUGUCGUGGAAGCCGACGGAGAACACUGUUCCGACGAGUUUGACUUCUCUUUGACCAUUUUAGUGAUAGGAAAAACGGGUGCGGGUAAAAGCGCAACCAUAAAUGCCAUCUUUGGCGAAAACAAAGCCUUGACGGACGCAUUCCGUCCGGGCACGACCACUGUGCAAGAAAUCGUUGGAAAAAUAGACGGAAUCCGAGUUAGAAUCCUUGACACCCCUGGCCUCUGUGAUUCACCCUCUGAGCAAUCCUAUAACUGGAAAAUUCUGGCGGCGAUAAAAAGAUACACACGAAAACGCAGCCCGGAUAUCGUGCUCUAUGUUGAUCGGUUAGACACGCAUUCCCGCGACCUUAACGAAUCACAUCUUCUACGGUCGAUCACGAGUUCCCUUGGUUCUUCGGUGUGGCAGAAUUGUAUCGUUGUCCUUACUCAUGCAGCGAAUUCUGAUGCUCUUCCUGAUGAGCCAUCAGCCGGAUUUGUGUUCCAAAGAUGUCAGUUUAUACAAGAACAGAUCCUUCACUUCCGAGCCACCAAUCAAAAAGCAGCCAAUCCGGUGUGGCUCGUUGAGAACCAGAACCACCGGAGUUAUAAACAUGACCAUAAUUGGCAAACUCGGUUUCUUUUGUUAUGCUAUUCGGCUAAGAUCUUACAUGAGGCUAACUCUGUGGUUGAACCAUCUUUGAGUUCUUUAGAACGCAAUUGGUUUGAGUUCAGUAAUCGUUUAGGUCACGUUAUUGAUCUGGAUGCUGGAUCGGAGAGUUUAAUGGGUUCGGAUCAAGUUCAGUCCGUUGAGCCUUUGAACAAGCCACAGAAUGGUCAAAAGCUUCUCAGGGAGCGUAAGAAGGCCUAUUUCGAAAACUACGAUUAUCGUGUGAAGGUUUUUGGAAUGAAACAUUGGUCUCUUCUGUGUCGAUUGCAUAUUUAG